AUGCUCACCCUGCAGGACCAUUUGUUGGCCUUGAACCUUCAGGACACCAAAUUAUCCAUUUGGGGAUUUCCAUCCGAGAUAUUGUUCAUUAUCUUCGACUGUCUACCAGAAGUAGACCUGGUACCAGAAGUAGACCAGGUCUACUUCGCACUGACUUGCAAAAGUCUCUAUGCUCAUUUUCUCGCGUCUCUCAAAACCAAACCUCUAUAUCAGAGUCUUCCUAAGCACCUCAUUCCAAGGCCAUGCCGUACAUUCCGUUACCGCAACCUCGACCUUGAGAAACAAGACCGAAUGCAGCUACUCCGUCGGUUAGAAAACCCCCGCUGGAAAUGUUGCAUCGAGUGCUUGCACCUUCAUCCACACUCAGCAUGGGAAAAACCAAACGACUGCUCCGAUCCCCGACUACCCUCUGGAAAGGCCUGUAUGCCUUGGGCUGGCCUUGUUGAUAUUUGCCCCUGCACUCGCAUCACCUUUAAAGACCGAUUCGGCAUUGCCGAGGAUCUCAAAUCCGCUGACAGUCCACGAUACGAUGGCUUUUUCUCGACGAGGGUAGGCGGUUGUCGCCAGUUGUGGCAUCGGUGCGAAGUCACCAGUCACCGUGCCAACGUUGUAAUUCAGACUAUGCUUCAGACAAACGAAGAAGCGCCCUCUUUAUGGGUAAUAAAUGCCUAUACGUUCCAUUUCCCCAAGGGAAUGCACCAGAAGAAGAUGGAAUGUCCUACCUGUCUACUCGAGAACCCCAGGAAAUGGCUCAAGCGAUUCUUUAGAGAUGCUGGAGUGGAAUUUGUAGGGUGGGACAAAGGUCAAACUUCAACUUUUGAUGUACAAGGGACAGAACUCUACCUCUUCCAGCUUCGAGUUCAUAGGUAUUUGGGGUGCCGGGGGUGGGUUGACGAAGACUGGGAAUCCAACUGCAAUGAACAUGAACGAAUACUUGAUUUUGGGGGCAAUACGGUCCUGUAG